AUGUCGCAAUCGUUCAAGGCUGCGUCCGAAGACGAGAAGGUCCAUGACCCGGAGGUCGCCUCCGUCGCGCAGGAGAGUGUCUACCGUCCCGAGGUAGAUACUUCCGGCGUGAACGGGCGGAAGCUCAUGUGGAAGAUCGACUGGCACACCGUCCCAUGGUUGGCGUUCCUCUAUUUCCUCAACUCGCUUGACCGAGGAAACAUCGGUAAUGCGAAGCUGUAUGGACUUGAGAGCGCCCUCCACAUAACGGACAAGCAGUAUUUGAUUGCGCUCACGGUCUUCUUCUUUCCCUACGCCCUGUUCGAGCUGCCCAGUAACAUGGUUCUCAAACGAUUGCGGCCCUCGCGAUGGCUGGCAUUCAUCUUGUUCGUGUGGGGCAUGGCGACGACGCUGCACGGCGUCGCUCAUAACUAUGGCGGUCUCAUCGCACUGCGUGUGAUUCUCGGACUGGCGGAGGCGGGGUUGUAUCCUGGCAUCGUUUACUACCUGUCCUGCUGGUACAAGCGCACUGAGCUGGGCACGCGAGUCGCUGUUUUCUUCACGUCCGCCACCAUCGCUGGUGCCUUCAGCGGCUUUCUUGCCGUCGCCAUCGAAAAGAUGGACGGCAUCGGCGGCAAGCCUGGCUGGGCAUGGAUCUUCAUCCUCGAGGGUCUCUUCACCGUCUGCUGCGCGGUCGCGACUUACUUCAUCCUCUCCGACUUCCCCGACACCGCCAAGUUCCUGAGCGAGACUGAGCGCGUUUGGGUCAUCCGCAAGCUGCGCGCAGACAUGAAGUUCAGCGCCGCCGGCGAGAAGUUCAAGAUGAAGUAUGUCAAGCAGAGUUUGCUGGACUGGAAGACAUGGCUUGCGAUGGGUAUCUACAUGGGCUUCGACGGUCCGCUCUUCGCCUUCUCGCUCUUCACGCCGACGAUCAUCAACCAGCUCGGGUAUACCUCGACUGACGCGAAUCUGCUCUCCGUCCCUGUGUACGUAUGGGGGUGCAUUGUGACCGUCAUCGUGGGCUUUUUGGGUGACCGUCUAGGCAAGCGGGCCGCCAUCAACCUGGCACUGUUCACCACAGGGCUGGUAGGCUACAUCAUCCUAAUCGCGUCGACGAGCGCACCACUGUCCUAUUUCGCCGUAUAUCUAGCCAUUGCCUCGAUCUACCCCACAGUUCCAAACUCCGUGGCAUGGGUAUCUAGCAAUGUCGAGGGCUCGUACAAGCGUGGUGCGACACUGGCCAUGGCCAUCGGCUGGGGCAACAUCAACGGUGCGGUCAGCUCGAACAUCUACCGCGCCGUCGACAAGCCGUGGUACCGCCUCGGCCACGGCAUCGUCCUUGCGUACAUCGCCAUCGGCUGGAUCUCCUCGCUGGCCUUCUACUUCAUGCUCAAGCGCGAGAACGCUCGCAGGGACGCGGGUGAGCGCGACGAGGUGAUUGACGGCAUUGAGAAUAAGCACGCGCGUGAGGAGAAUGGUCACUUCGCGAGUGUAGAUGAGGCGAGAGAGGAGAAGGGUGAUGAAUGGAGCGGGUUCAGAUACUCAUUGUAG